CUAAUCACCCUAAUUUUGUAGGUGUUAUCGAUGUCAAUGGAUCUAUUUAUCGCUCGAACCGUGACUACAAAGGCAUCUCUUGUCUUUAUGGGGUUGAUAAGUAUCACUGAGAGUCAGCUGGCAUCCCUGAAAAGCUUUCAUGUAAGAUUGAUGAGCAUUGUCUUGGAUGUGGAUGUUGAACCAUCUACCACACCUUGGGAUCCUGCAAAAGCAUAUUUGUUUGUCCCAAUGUUUGGCGAUAAGUCUGUAGAUCCUAUGAACCAAAUUGACUGGUGUCUGGUUGAGACAAUAAUUGGAGCUGAUGCAUGGAAGAAUCCCCUCCAGAAAGCUCGACCAGAUGUUUACCUUGGUACUAAUGAGAGAACAUUAGGUGGAGACAGAAGGGAAUAUGGAUUUGGAAAAUUGCGUCAUGGCAUGGCUUUUGGGCAAAAAUCACAUCCCACCUAUGGAAUCAGAGGAGCUGUGGCCCAGUUUGAUGUGGUGAAAGCUUCAGGGUUGGUUCCUAGUAGAGAUUCCAUGCAAACACAAAAGCAAAUUAAUAUUACUACCCACGGAAAAUUGAUGAUGGCAGAUACCUGUACUAAUGCAGAGGAUCUGGUAGGGAAAAUUGUAACUGCUGCUCAUUCGGGGAAGAGGUUUUAUGUUGAUUCUAUACGCUAUGACAUGUCAGCAGAAAACUCUUUCCCUAGAAAAGAAGGUUAUCUUGGUCCUCUGGAGUAUAGCUCAUAUGCUGAUUACUACAAGCAAAAGAAGAACAAGGGGCAAAUCUUAAUCUGUGAAGGAAUCUUCUGUUGUCACCUCUAAAUAGUGAGGACGUUAUCAACAAUGUUCCAUGGAAAGUGACAAUAACUUCUUGUUCCUUCCAGAUUAGAGAAGCUUUUUGUCUCUUCUUGCACAAUUGAGGGUGCGAAUGGCUACUGGUUCUUUUUAUGUUUUGGGUGUAGAUAUGGAGUUGAUUUGAUUUACAAGCAGCAACCUCUAAUAA